AUGAAUAUGGAAACAUUGCACAGGAUAGCCAGUGCACACUUCAAUUGGCUAUUAGCCCAGCAAUCGCAAUAUAAAAUUACUGAUCGAUAUGGUGGUUGUAUUUUAUCCGCCUUAUGGACACCAGAUACCAAUUCGGUCUAUGUCUCGACUAGGGCACGAGGCCCUUAUUGGGUGGCAAUGGCAACUGAUAAAAAAGCCGCUCCGGUUUGGCGUUCCCGGACCGAAAACUGGAAAAAGGGAGCCAAAACUGAUUUUCAUGUCGAAGACGCUACCUACCAUUGGUCCGAAGUAGUUAGGAAGAGCGCUGGCCAUCCUAUCCGGCCUCUUCCCGACGGCGGUACAGCAGCAAAAACGAAAUAUCCCGAGGGGUCUAUGAUAGCAACCUGGGGCUUUCACGGCCAAGAGGCUCAAAGUAAUCCGGCUAUAAAGAAAACCGGCCGUCCAAUCGAUCUGUGCAGCGCCAGAGAUGCGAGAGGGAUGACCUGUCAGCAGAUGGCAGACGAUCUCGGCGUAAAAUAUGAGCCAGUCACCAAUCAACCACCGGCAGAGCAAUCUAUAGACAGUAGUCCUCCCGACGGGGAGGAAAUUUCCGACGAGCCAUGCGGUAGUAACGCUGCCAGAAGAAAUAAUCGUGGCUUUCUCCGUAAAUAUAGGAAGAGAGACGCAGAAAGCGAAUGUUCUAUCAGCUACGGCAUACCUACAUCACUUGUUAUAUCCACUGUUACAGGUUUACUCUCGCCAGCAAGCUCUUACGAUAAAGGUCCGUCUACACACUCUAGUCCCGUGACGGCACCCCCGCCGCCGCCACCAAAGCCGUCAUGUGUUAUGCAAGAUAUGGACCCGGGUCUAGGAAUAACUGCUCCAGGGUGUAUCUGCGAGGGCACAACAACGCUUCCACUACUUACCCUUCCGUCAGCAUCUGUGUAUACCCAGAGCUGUGACUAUACUGCUCUACCAACCAAGACCUUGCCAAACCCCAUCAGUAUCUCGACUGGGACGUGGACUAUUGGUUGCCAAGCAUGUACUGGUGUUGGCGGGGCUGAGGUUCCCGCCGCUGCUACCUGUACUUCGGUUCCGUCUUGCACAGUUACUCCUUUAGCCCAGUCUUUCGGCGUCCUUUUAUCCAACACGUCCGUCCCCGUCGGUGAUGCGGAUGACAAAAACGGAGGCAAGGACCUCAGGCAGAACCUUUAUAGCCAGCUUCACCCUUUGUGUCCCGAUAACUCGAAUGUAUGCGACUAUACCAGGGGCGCUGAGAUCAAGAACAUGGGCACUGUGGUAUCCGGCGGAGAUGCUUAUCUGACACUCCAGGCCAAGAUCAUAGGAAGCCAAUACAAUAGUACAGACACCCGAGAACGCCUACUUGCUGCAGCCGUAGCCAGUUGGGAACGAGCCGCCUCCCAAUCCUGCCAAGAAGUCGACUAUGAAUCCGACGCGGAUCCUACAGGAUCAGGCUGCGGAAGUGGGCCAAUUCUCGACGGACGAAGUCCCUCUCCAUCAGGAGACAACAAUAAGUCUCUAGGCAAACGCAUUAUAGACGGCCCACCGCAAGAAAUGGUCUGCCACUAUAGAGGACGCCUCUGCGCAGGGCCGGAAGUCGUCACUGCUAUAAUGGGGACCUUGGAGGACCCAUACAUGAACUACAUGCAAAUCAAGUUCGAGCUCGUCUCCGACAACAAGGACUCGGCGUUUGCGGAGUUUGUAUGCGACCUAGUUAUCGACUCUAUCACGGACUUGAGCAUGGCUGUGAUGCCGGAGCUGGCGCCGGCUGAGCUUUUCGAACAACUUGAGUUGGAGUCGUUAUGUAAGUGA